CAAAGCGCUCACAUGGAUGAUUAUUCAUGCCUGUAGGGAUGCCUAGAAUUAAUACUCUAUGGUUGAAUGGCUGAACCGUUACUGGGUAGAUGGGAAACAGUCUGGGUUUGAGGUCAGAAAUAAUGUGAUAAGAAGGAAGGAAAAAGGAGACAGACAGGAGAGAGAGAGAGCGAGAGAGAGAGAGAGAGAGAGAGAGAGGGAGGAAGAGAAAGAGAUGAAGGGACGCCAGCUGAGAUGAAAAAAAAUGAUUCGGAUCUCCUCCUGCCCCCUCACAUCUCUCUUGGGAGCGAGGAAAUACAGCAAACAGACGGAGGAGAUCGACAGAAAGACUGAGACGGGGAGAGAGAGAACAGUUUAAUGUGUCAGUGAUUACCACCCUGUCUUAGCCGAGACCAACAGCCUCCUCAACCACUGAGCCAGAGGAAAGAAAAACCAGUGGAGGGGGAAGAGAAAGAGGAGAAGAAGGGAGCAUGUUUCAGGGGUUGCCAGCGAAUCGUCUCCAUCCCUUUUUGAAAAGGCGAGAGAGGAAGAGAGGCGCUUAAAAACAGAGAGAGAAGAGCGAGAGAGCGACCGAGACAGGGAGGAGGGUUGGGAGAGGAAAAAAGGGAAGAGAAAUCAAUUAACUUCAAGACUUCCGAGGGACAUCAGGUUUUUUCUUUUUUCCUCUUACGUGAGCAAACCUGUUCCACGGAAUCAAGGCUUAUCUUCUUAAGUGAUUUUGAGUCUCCUCUGGCUCUUUGGCUUGCUCCGAUGUAAUUCAAGCGGGCACUGAGGCGCUGACAAGCGAGCAGAGAUUCUCUGAUGGACGCAGCACAGCUAGACAAAGUGAGGCUUCUCAGACCAAAGCUGACAUGGUGUCGACCCAGAUGGAUGAGAGGAGAGAAUGACGAGACAGAGCACUGGAGAAAACAGUGACACACACACAGCUCUUUCAGCAAAAGCAGGUACACAGAAGCGAACGCUGAGCAUCUAGUCACUUAUCUGUCGCUCGUUCUCAUCAAUAACACUCCAUCUCCAUCAGCUUUCUCAGCAUCCUAAGAACACGACAUGGUCAUCAGUCAGAAGUGUUGUUUUUUUCAUUAGCAUCAAUUCUUGUGCUAUACGCGGGAACAAAAAAGAAGUUUAGCAUUUAUUAUUCACUGUUCAUUUUUUUACAUUUUGCUCUUUGUAUGAGGGGACUGUUUACACCUAUUCUGUAAUUAUUACAGACAACUGUGAUCCAAUUGAAACAUGGUGUUUUCCCAUGUUUUUUUUCUCAGCAAAGAUGUAACUUGUACUUGAUUCGAACCUCUUUGAUGUUUUUAUAGCAUAUAACAUUAUAGUGUACAUGAAGAGUCCUGGCACAGUACAGCAUUCUGCUAUUUUGUACACAGCACGCUCUUGUCGCCAAAAUUACAAAAAGCCAUAACAUUUGCCAUACGACAGUGAUUUUGACUUUUGCAGACUGCUCAAAAGCCAUGUUUGAUCUGUCACCAAAACCAACACUAUAAUGAAGAUUUAUGUUUCGUGCCACCUGUGAGGUGUGCCAGUAAACCAUUCCAUAGGGGGGUUACGGAGAGAGAGGUACACAUUGACUCUUUGGAGAGCUGAGGUUUUGGGUAGGGGGAGGGGGGACAGGCAUUCAAAGAGACUUCCAGUCAGGUCCAGAGAGCCAAGAGGUGGGGGGGGGGGGGGAUCAGACGAGAAGAGACACACAAGGCAACAGAACGUCUGUCAGUGUUCCUGGACACGCACCGGAGACGGAGCUUUGGCGCAUCCUGUGACAUUGUGAAGGCACAGACGAGACACACGCAAGGCGAGACACACAUAAACACAUACGCACGCACGCACGCACGCACUCAGGAGGACGAGUGGACUUCAAACAGAGAGGGAGAAGGUGGAGCCUCCCCGCGUGAAGCUGAAGUCCCCUGCCUGACAUCCACACACGUCCCCUGGGCAACCAGGAGAGGGAGCAGAGGAGGACAGUCGUGAAAAAAAGAAAAACGAAGGAAUAGUAAACAAAAGAAAGAAAGAAAAAAAAAAGAAAAAGAAUAGGGGACCGAAAAAAGUGCGGAGAGGAACCUCCGAGGCGGAAGCCUCCAGUCUUCUCGGUGAGGGAUCCCCGUGGCGGAGACGUAGAGAGGGAGAGUCGGGGAGUAUUCCCCCUCUCUCUCUCGGCCCAACUGACCGCCAAGCUGGCAGACACCGCUAUGGCAUUCACCUUCGCGGCCUUCUGCUACAUGCUAACACUCGUGCUCUGCGCUGCGCUCAUCUUCUUCGUCAUAUGGCAGAUCAUUGCCUUUGACGAGCUCCGUACAGAUUUCAAGAAUCCCAUCGACCAGGGCAAUCCAACCAGAGCAAGGGAGCGAAUCCUCAAUAUUGAGAGAAUCUGCAACCUGCUGAGAAGGUUGGUGGUUCCAGAAUAUUCCAUUCAUGGGCUGUUCUGCUUGAUGUUCAUGUGUGCUGGAGAGUGGGUCACCCUGGGUCUGAACAUCCCCCUGCUCUUCUACCAUCUCUGGAGGUUUUUCCACCGGCCUGCUGACGGCUCCGAGGUGAUGUAUGAUCCAGUGAGCGUCAUGAACGCAGACAUCCUAAACUACUGCCAAAAAGAGUCCUGGUGCAAGCUAGGCUUCUACCUGCUCUCCUUCUUCUAUUAUCUUUACAGUAUGGUCUACGCUUUGGUAAGCUUCUAAAACCCAAAUCUGGAUUAAAACAACAACAAAAGCAAGGGAUGACGACAACAGCAACACCAUCAACAACAACCAUAACAACCACAACCACAACAACAACAACAACAACAUCAACAACAGCGGACAACAAAACUAAAGGUCCUGGAAGAGUAAUGCUGCAUACUCCUCUUCUUCAACUACCCAUUACGCCACCAAAAAGCCUGUUCAACUCCUCCUCAGAUCUCUCCAGUGGACAUGGACUGAAGAAAAUGAAG